UGGGCGCGGCCUGCAAGGGGGCCAGUGAUCGCUGAGGAAAGCGGGGGCAGGACCAGGCCAGAGCUGGUGCCCGCUCGGCAGCCACCAGCAGUCUCGGGAGCUCUGGCCGCGCCUCCACCCGGUGCGCCCUUCUUGGCCCGCGGACCCUGCGCUGCGCUCAGUCGCCAAUAUGUGUGCCGCGGGGAUGUCACCCCUGGCGCACAUCUUCCGAGGGACGUUCGUCCACUCCACUUGGACCUGCCCCAUGGAGGUGCUGAGGGAUCACCUCCUCGGUGUGAGCGACAGCGGCAAAAUAGUGUUUUUAGAAGAAGCAUCUCAACAAGAAAAGCUGGCCAAAGAAUGGUCCUUCAAGCCAUGUGAUAUCAGAGAACUGAGCCGCCAUGAGUUCUUCAUGCCCGGACUGGUUGAUACACACAUCCAUGCCCCUCAGUAUUACUUUGCUGGGAGUCAUAUGGACCUGCAGCUUCUGGAGUGGCUGACCAAAUACACAUUUCCUACGGAACUCAAAUUCAAGAGCAAUGAUUUUGCAGAAGAAGUAUACACUAGAGUUGUUAGGAGAACGCUGAAGAAUGGAACAACCACAGCUUGCUACUUUGCAACAAUUUACACUGACUCAUCUCUGCUCCUUGCGGAAAUUACAGAUAAAUUUGGGCAGCGGGCAUUUGUGGGCAAAGUCAGCAUGGAUAUGAAUGACACUUUUCCAGAAUAUAAGGAAACCACUGAGGAAUCAAUUGAGGAAACAGAGAGAUUUGUGUCAGAAAUGCUCCAAAAGAAUUAUCCUAGAGUGAAGCCCAUAGUGACACCACGUUUUGGCCUUUCCUGCUCUGAGAGGUUGAUGAGUGAACUUGGAAAAAUCGCAAAGACCCACGAUUUGCACAUUCAGAGCCAUAUAAGUGAAAGUCUUGAUGAAGUCAAAGCUGUGGAAAACUUAUACCCCAGUUAUAAAAACUAUCCAGAUUUGUAUGAUAAAAACGGUCUCCUGACAAAUAAGACAGUGAUGGCACAUGGCUGCUACCUUUCCGCAGAAGAACUGGAUCUAUUCAAAAAAAGAGGAGCAUCGAUCGCAUGUUGUCCCAAUUCUAACAUAUCCCUCUGCAGCGGCUUUCUCAAUGUAGUGGAAGUGCUGGACCAUGAAGUGAAAUUAGGGCUGGGUACAGAUGUUGCUGGUGGUUAUUCAUCUUCCAUGCUCAAUGCAAUCAGAACAGAAAUGAUGACUUCUAAUGUCCUUUUAAUUAAUGAGGUAAAUGAAAAGGGCCUCACCUUUGAAGAAGUGUUCAGACUAGCUACUCUUGGAGGCAGCCAAGCCCUGGGGCUGGAUAAAGACAUUGGAAACUUUGAAGUGGGCAAGGAAUUUGAUGCCCUCUUGAUCAACCCCAAAGCAUCUGACUCUCCCAUUGAUCUGUUUUGUGGGGAUUUAGUUGGUGAUGUUUCUGGGGCUAUUAUCCAGAAGUUUCUCUAUCUAGGAGAUGACCGAAAUAUUGAAGAGGUUUACGUGGGUGGAAAGCUCGUGGUUCCCUUCUCAAGCUCAGUCUAAGACCCUUGGCAUCUCCGAGUUUUCCUGGUUAACGUGCUUCUGCGCCUCCCUUGUGCCCAGGCGGAGUUAGAAAGUCAAAAAUUAGUACCUUGUUCUUGAGAUGAUUCUCUCUUUCUGUGUCUGCUUAAAGUACUCACUGGACAGAUCAAAGGAAGUUGCUCUGAUUUUCAAUUCUCUGGUUGGAAGGAUGCAAAAUCUCUCUUUUUCGAGCUGUUCAGACUUAUUUAGAGUUUAAACAUAAGAAUGCUAUUACUAGUGCUGUUCUUCUUAUGAGAUUUAAGUAAAAUCUAUUUUAUAUUUGGAAAUGUGGAGAGGAAAGAUAUUCCUAGCAGGUUAGGUAUUUUGAGCUAAUAAUUGUGAAAACUAGAUAUGGAAAAUGAACCAGGGAGUCUAUUUUUACAAGGGAGAAAAAGUUAGACUAUGGACAAACGUUGGAAAAACCACUUCAGAUUGUUUGCAAAUCAUAUACUGAGCUUACUAAUGUCAAAGGAGAAGUUGUUGAGUUUUAAAACGUGUUUCCAAGAUA